AUGGAACUCAAAAACCUCUCAAGCAAUUGGCGAAAACUUCAAGAAACACUGAAAAUCGAAAGCCCCUCCACUGCCCAAAAACGCAAACCAGAUAAUAUCGCUACAACCACUUACGAAGUAAAAAGAAAGAAAUUAUCGCUAUCGUCGCCGCCAGAAACCCAUAGGAAAGGCGGGAGGGGUGAAAAGUUUUCCAAAAGACGUAAGAUGGGAUUAGUCUUGUCAACUGAUGCCACGGGAGAAAAAUCAGAAUCACGUUCUAUAACAACAGCCUCGCAACGGAAUAUAUCCACAACCUCAAUAGUGCAAGCAAACCCGAAACCUUCUAGCGAAGCAAAGGUUAAUGAAGGGAUAUCUCAAACCGCGGAGGUCGGGAGAUAUGUCGCUCUUGACUGUGAAAUGGUGGGCGUGGGCCAGAAUCCCGAUCGCGACUCGGCUUUAGCUCGUGUGAGUAUCGUCAACUACAACGGUGAACAAGUCUACGAUUCGUUUGUGCUUCCGAAGGAGGAAGUGACGGACUGGCGAACACAUGUUAGCGGGGUGUCACCAAAACACAUGACAGAUGCCAGAGAGUUUGAAGUAGUCCAAAGAGAUGUCGCAGGUAUUCUGGAUGGCUGCAUUUUGGUAGGGCAUGCGGUCCGGAACGAUUUAGAUGCUUUGCUCCUCAGUCAUCCGAAGCAUGAUAUACGGGAUACCAGUAAACAUCCUCCGUACCGAAAAAUUGCUGGCGGUGGCUCACCGCGUCUGAAGAUACUGGCUUCUGAGCUAUUAGGGUUAGAAAUACAGGGUGCUGCUCAUUCGAGUAUAGAGGACGCGCAGGCAACGAUGCUUCUUUUCCGACGAGACAAACAAGCUUUUGAGCGGGAGCAUGCGAAGAAAUGGCCACCUAUACGUGCACCUGCUGCACCUGGAAUUCCCGUAACUUUCCAAUUGCAUUGUCGCAGUCAAUUCUGGCAUCCAUUCGACUCAACCACACAGUCGCACACGAGCACUCGCACACCCACCAAACUGAAAAGGCGCAAAAUGUUUGCAAUACGGCCACAUAAGAACAAUUCAGAUUCAUAUAAGGAGGAUUGCUCAGAAACUGCAAACUUUCUCCCGUGUCGGAUUCAUCAUGAUGGACCGGUCAACAUCUCGACCAGAUACUGGAAUCCGGUCGCUGAUGAGGAUAACCCUGACACUGCAACCGCAUACUUCCGAGGCAGGAGGCUUAGGGGGCGAAGAGUUCCAAUUCCGGAGGGAUAUGAAGGAAUUCUUACGAGUCAAACAAAUGGAACAUCGGAAUCCGGAACCAAGAAGAAUGAUCAAAGCCACGACCUUGAUCAGAAUGAAAAUGAAGAUGAAGAGAGUGAGGGUGAUGGUGAGGAUUGGACAUCCUUCACGAUACUCGAUAAACAAGGUUCAUUCUCAGCCUUCAUGGUCUGGGACCAUGAAAAGUUGCCCGCUGCUGAUGACCCUUUCGUUAAAGGGGUUAGUGAGUGGAUUCGGUUUGCUGAGGCGAUACAUACAACACCGUCAGAUACAGCACAGCAAGAUAAUGGGAAGCCCCACGGAGCGGAAAAAGACAGGAAUGACAAGCAGGACUGCAUGAGCUCAGCUUCUUGAUUUAUGAGAAUGAAAGGUUAUUACAUUAACGGUGUCUCGGUGAAUUUUGAACAAUUGUGGUGCAUUCUUUAUAUGAUAAUUA